AGACAAUCCCGUACGCUGCGACCGUUUUCGAGAAAAAUCGGUUCGAUUAGUUUUCCCAAUCGCUUCGGUUCAUCUUAUUGUGAAAAGCCUGCGUGGUUAAGGAUCGUAAUCCUUGUUUUUUAUGUAGAAAAUAUCGCGUCGUCGUGUUUGUCAACUUAGACAACUUAGUUUAGUAGUUUACCGUUACUUAGUUUUUAGUUUAGUGUUACGUAUAUUUUUUAUUAAUUUGCAUAUUUUAUUUUUAAAUCGUUAUCCAAUUAAAUAUUUCUAUUAAAUUAGUUUUUAUUUGUAAGUUAGUUAUAAGUGUUUUUGUGUCGUUUUGUGUUUGUUACGUGUUGGACGCCAUUUUAUUUUGCCGCGUGUGAGUGUUAUUGGGUGUGUUUAGACAUGAUGGGUAGGAAAGACGUCCAAGCGGUCGUGGUUAAGAAGAGGCGCAGAAGUCGCCGCAGAGUCAGUAGGUCGGCCAAGCGUCACCAAAAGAGAUCGAUAGCGAACGCCGUGACGGAAAGUUUGGCGAUUGCGUCGCCUGUGAAAUGUGCGGUCCACGUAUUCGUGUUGCGUUACCAGAGUGCACUGCGGAAGGUGCCCUCACAGUUGCCUCCGAAGAUCCGCGCCGGCCCUCCCUCUAAACGCGUCAAGCGUGUCUCGUGGAGUCACGAUGAGGGUGUGGCGUCGGGCGGCGCGGACCCGGCCGUGCUUGCGGUGGGCCCGGUGCGGCGCCCCCUGCAGUACACGCGGGAUGAGCUGAUGCGUCUGCGCAACUCGCCGCUCGUUCGACGGGGCCUUGAGAAUGCCUUCGCGGGCAACGACACGCUCGCGCUGGUUAUGAAAAGACGAUCUGAAUCACCGGCCGAAGAGGACAAAGGAGGUAGAGGAGAUGCGCCCGUCGAGAACCAUAAAGGUGUGUACGGUCGGGAGCGCGAGCGCGAGCGGCGCUCGGCGGACCCGCGCGAGCGCGUGCGCAAGGAGAGCGAGCCGAGCGCGGGCGGCAUCGUGCUGUCGCCGCAGCGGCGCUCCUUCACGUCGGGCUGCGGCGCGCCCGCCGCCGCCGCGCCGCCGCCGCACGUCGCCCGCACGCGGCCCGACUCGCCGCUCGCCGCGCACCAGCCGCUGCAGCCCAUCCCGCCCAAGACUGAGCAAGUUGGCCGACGCAUAGGAUCCGGUCGCAUCAUGGUGCGCGACGUGCCCAACAACACGUGGGAGGAAGGCGACAGUCGCCCCGAGACCCGCACCGAGCCGUACCGCCCGCCGCGCGAACGGGAACGUGAACGGGAGCGCGAGGAGCGCCGCACCAACGGCGACCGAUUCGAACGUCGUUCGUUCGGCCGAGACUCCUACUCCUCUGACAUCAAGAGGGAGAGAGACGAUCGAUUCAACAACGAAAAGUCGCAUAGAGAGGAUAACCGUAGAUCAGGUGGUCGCUUCUCUCAACGUAGGUUUGAGAAGGAAGAUGAACCAGAAUGGUUUAGUGGAGGGCCAACAUCUCAGCUGGAGACGAUCGAGUUGCGUGGCUUCGACGAGCCUAUCAAGAAGAACGGCACUGCCAAUAAUAAGGAUAAUGAAAAGUGGAGCAGCGGCAGUUCCCGCUCGCCGGAGCGCUGGCGCGCGGACCCCGCCUCCCCGCCGCCGCCCCACGACCUACUCAACAAUAGCAAUGACAAGGACUCCGGAGUGGAGUCCAAGAGCGAGGAGCAUGUUCUGCUGCCCCCGGAGCCGGACUUCAACCUGGACGAGUUCCUCAAGUUUGACUCUUUGCCGGACGUGGCCCUGCUCACUAACGGCAGCAGCGAGACGGAGGGCAGUCGGUUCAGCCGCUGGUUCCGGCGCGAGAGUCCGCCGCCCGACCGCCACUACGAGCGCCUGCUGCACACCAUGAUCGACGAUCUAGACAGCUCGACGAACGACGAGCGGCGGCCGCCAGUGGUGGAGCCGCAGCCCAUCUAUCCCCCGGGCGCCCCCGGGGCGGGCAGGGGGCCCGCGCCGCCUUCGCUGCUGGACCUCCUGCGCCGCGCCACCGCCGACACGGACCAUAGGCCGGAGAUGAACACUGUGAACAACAAGAUGCAAAGUCUAGAAGAGCUGGAGGCUCGUCUGAGGCCGCAGCAUCAGCCACCGACCGAUCACGAUCUGUCCGCUUUCAAGAGACUGUUAGCUCAGGUGUCGGGAGGACAGGCGCAAACCGCAGAGCCGCCGCGCCCUCAGCCGCAGCCGCAGCCGCAACCGCAGCAGCAGCCGCCUAUGAGCAUUUUACAAUCUGACUAUUUACAGAUGCUCAGCAAAAGUAUGGAACAGCAGCACCAGCAGCAGCAACAGCAGCAGCAGCAACAGCAACAGCAGCAGAAGGCGCCGCACAUCCCGCAGGAGUUCGUAUACAAACUCAUGCAGUUGCAGCAGCGCCAACAGCAGUCGGGCGGAGAGCCCAACCCGCUGGGCAACCCCCUGGGUAACCCGCUCGGCAACCCGCUAGGCUCGAUGGGGGGCAUGACCCCACCCAGUGACCGAGAUCUGCUGCAGCGCCCCGAAGCGCAGGCCAUUAUACACGGUUUGAAGGCAGGCGAGAUAACGGUGCAGCAUUUGAUGCAGCAGCUCGGCAACCCAGGGCUGCAGAGCCGCCACCGGGAGGUGCUGCUCACCAUCCUGCGCAUGCACCAGCAGCAAAGACAGCAAAUGGGAGGUUCCCCCCUCCCAUCGGGCGUGGCCCCUCACUUGGUGGUGCCACCUCACCACCAGCCUCUGAGGCUGUCACCUCUACCACAUCCAGGAGUACCAGCCCGCAUACCGUCGCCGCGCGAGUUGGCCGCGCACACGCAGGUGAUCAUGCAGGGCGCGCUCCUGAAGAAGAAGCUCGAGGAGCAGAAGGAGAACUACCGCCGCAAGCACGAGAUGCAGCAGCAGCAUCCGAAGCAGCCCACGCCUAUCUCUUUUACACCCACCUCGGUUCUGCGCAAGAUGACAGCGGAGAAGGAGUCCGAGGGUGGGCUGAAGUCGCCGUGGUCGUCCCCGCACGCGGCGCACCUGCCCAAGCCGCACGGGAGACCCAUCGUCAAGGGUAAUCAGAGCGGCUCGGCGGCGCCUGGCUACGCGCCGACACCUGACUACCAGCAGCAUUACAUGAACCAGCAACAGAUGACCAACGCAAACCGCGCAUUCCCACACGCUCAACACAGACAACCUAUGUCCAAUAAUAUCAACAUGAACAAUAUGAAUAACAUGAACAACAUGGGCAACAUGGGCGGCAUGGGCAACAUGGGCGGUAUGGGCAACAUGGGUGGCAUGGGUGGCAACCGCGGCGCCGGCACCACCUUGCACCAACUCCUAGUGCAGUCGCACCAGAGGACGCUCAACGAAAUGACCAGCGGAGGUACGGGCGGCGGCGACAACCAGCUGGCGCGGUGGUUCUCCCCCGAGCUGCUAGCGCGGGCCUCGGCCGGCAAACUGCCCUCCGUGCACGUGCCCAACGCGCUCUCGCUGGAGGACCUCGAGCGGCACCACCACUCGCCAGCGCCGCCCGUGCGCAACUGAGCCGCGCGCCCCGCGUCACCCCUAUAUAUAGACUGCGCGUGUGACGUCAUCCUCGAGGACUUCAGUGUUCCGUACGAGUGAAAACAAAGUGUUCAUUAAAAACCCGUGAAUUACAAUGGACGGAAGGUACCACACAUGUUUUGUUCAAAAGUAAUUCACGUGUUUGGCAAAAUUAAAAACUUUUAUGAUUAAUUGAAAUGGAACAAAAAGUGGUGAUUAGGUCCUGGAAUGGAUUCCAGCGCAAUGAAAUGUUGAAUGUAUUGGAAUUUAAAAAACGGUAUAUUGGUCUCAAGAGCCUUGAGUUUUCUUGCAAUUUCGAAAAUUUUGUCAGAGCAGACUCGAAAUGGACCCGAACUGAAUUUGAAGGAGGCUUAAAACUAAUAUCGAGUGUCCCUGCUUUCUUACCACAUAUAUAUAUUGUAAAGGAUUUUGGCAAUAUCAGUCUAUUGCAGAUGUGUGUUAAGAAAGAUAUCAAUUAAAUAACGCGUAAAAUACUUUAGGUUCUGGAAAUACAGUUUUACUGGAGAGAACGCCAAAAUUGUAUCACUGACAACAUCACUGAUUGACUUGCUGACUGGUUGACAGACUGAGUGACUCACCGACUGACUUGCUGACUGACUGACUGACACAAGACUGUCCAUCUGAGAACCGUAAAGAGCACCUCGCAAAAAUGUUAAGAGAUUGGUUAUAAUUUUCAUUGAAAAAGGUGUUUUGAAAGAGGUUGUGAGCAACUCCAGUUCGAGUUACUAUUUUUCAAGCGAAAUUCCAACACUUUGGGGCCUUGAGUGGAAUUUGUAACGACUAUAUGGAAAAUAUUCCCAAUUCCAGCCCGGUGUUGGGAGAUAUUUUCCAUACAAAUUCGUUAACUUGAUUUGUGAGUGUGUAAAAAUUGAUGAUGUUGAAAGAUUUGUCUUAAAUUUACGAAAAAUAUUGGCAAUAAAAUUUUUGGUGUCUUGGAGAGUGAAGUUGUAUGAUGAGAGAAAAAACGCAGAAUUCUUUAUUGUAUAUUAUAUAAAUUGAAGUGUUUAAUCCUAUGAGGUGUGACGCAAGUUAUUCCAGUUUUUACGGCGUUGUUUAUUAUUUGUUUUGAUUCAAAAGUUUCAAAAUUUUACUAAUAUAUAAUUUUAUUGUCGAAUGAAUUCGUUUUAUACACAAAGCUAUCGUUAAAUAUACAAACAUAAUAUGUAAAAUAGAUUAAAUUAUACAUAUAUAGAUGGAGAUGUAUUUCGAAAAAUAAAUGGUUAAAAAAGGGGGUAAAUACAACAUUGACAAGUGCUAUAAAAAUAUUAUACACUUGUUAAAUUUUCUAUGGUGGGACUAUUUUAGUUGUGGUUAAAUGUUUUCUUCCAAGGGUGAAUUUUAUUAAAAUAGUAGCAUGAAAUAAAAACACAAUAAUCCAAUUAUUAAAAAAAAUGUGUAUGUCUUUUUUUGAGGACGCUUCUUAAACCUAAUUGAAAAUUCCAUACGUCAUGCUGCAACGACAUACGAUGGAGGACUGAGCUCAGUGUGGCUAAUUAGCCAUUGUUUGAUUUGUCCGCGUUCAACAUAUCUACCUAUUGGGUCACCGUGUCAUGAUAGAAGGGGUCAGGGGUUCGAAUUCAUAUUAAAUAAAUAAAACAGUAUAAUUUUUUUUUUAUUAAACACAUUUUAAAAAUCUAAAAUAUUUCUUUGUAAGCCCUCGGUCUAGUGUAAUACUUGCGUGAACACCUGAUAGUGAAGGCCUUAAGAUACUCGGGUAUGAAAUGAAAUGAAAAAUGUGUAUUUCACGGCAAGAGAACAUUUGUAUAUAUGCCGGCAAAUAACUUGAACAUUAGCUGACGUUCUGAGAUGUUGAGUAUUGACUGUGGUAGGUACUGAUUUAAUGUAUUUUGUGGGUAGUCAGUGUAUUUUGGCAUAUAUGAUGUGCAGUUUAAAUAAUUCGAUUCUUCAAGGGGUGAACGAAAUUUUCGACAAGUUGUAAGUGAUCAGUAUUUAUAAAGUUUUUGAAUAAAGGUUAGUAAAUGUCUAUUGUAUGUGAAGUAAUGUGGCUUGGUUCAAGUUAUUUGACUUUGACGAAAAAAGAAUAUUGUUAAGGUAACGGUGCUCAUUUCGAUUGUGUUGAACUUUACUAAAUUCGCAGGUUGACAGCACCUGUCCUUUUCAUAUUGUGCCGAUUGCUCCUAUUAUGAGAGGGCAUUUUUUAAUAAUUUCAGUGAUUUCAAUAGUUCAUUCAAUUUCUAUUACUUUGCAUAUUGUGCCAAUUGCUCCAAAUAAGAAAGGGCCUUUUUGGGAGGGGAAAAGUCCUGAAAAAAAUUUUUUUUUUUUUGAUAAUUUAAGUGAUUUGAAAUAGUUCAUUAAAUUGAGACAUAUCUGCUCAACAUUUUUUAAUAGUGUUUGAAAGGAAUCGACAUAAGAUACUGAGGUUAAGCAAUCGCUUGAAUAGAAUAUAAUGCAAGAUUCCGACGUUCGCACUCACUUUUGUUGUAGUUUUGAAAUCAUUAUAAUUCUGAUUGUUUAAAAAAAUCUACACUUUUCUUUCAAAAUGUUUUCUCGUAGUAAAUAAUAAUAUCUACUCUUAAAUUUAAACUGCUUUUUUUCUACUUCUGAUGUUAAAAUUACUAUGAUUACGAAAAUAAUUAUUAAAUUUAAUAAAACUGGAUAUUUUUCAAUUAUCGUACCAGUAUAGAACAAAGAAAGUUGAGAUUUUUUUUCAUUUGAAUGUUGUCUUGCAAACACAUGGAAGUGACCUCAAUCGCAUCAUUUCGGCAUAUGCGGCAUUUUAUAUAAAUUUAACUUGUUUUAAAACUCAAUUUCGUCCAUACCUAAUUUGAUAUGAAAAGGUAUAUUCAAUACUGAAUAUAUGACUUUAAGACGAGGGACAUUUGAACAUUACAGUGUAUGCCGUGAAUUUAGUUUAGUAGAUCGAAUUAGCACCGAAGAUGUUUUACAAAGGUUGCAGCUGAUAUCAGGGAUCAAAGUUUGGUGUAAUAAGUUGUAGUUAUUAUAUGGAAAAAAAAAUGUAAUGACCUAGUUUUUGACUUUCUAUUCGGCCGUUAUUGUGUAUUUUUUUUAGAUCCCGUAUCGGCUCCCUUCGUACUGCUCGCUGUGCGAGAGUUGAAAAUGCAAAUUUCCAGAUGUACUACACAGUGAAACCCUUUAAAACUCUUUCUCUAACCGACCCAAAAUUGGGAUUUUGUUUCCAUUUGAAGUGGUUUUUUCAGCUCUCGUAUCGCGCGCUGUAUAUUAAAAUUAUAUUGUCAAAAAAAAAAAGGUUGUUAGUCCCUGAAAUUGCGCGGACGAUAUUACGUACGAUUGAAUGAACUGUGAAACCUAUACAUGUGUGAGUGAGUGAAUGGUGUAAAGUACGUCUACGGUUGUGUUUGUAAGCGGUUUUUUUGUUACUACCAAGUUUUUUGAGGAAGAGAACGUUCUUAUGUUAUGUGAAUAUUUGCGAAUAAAAUGAAAAAAAAUUGUCCGUUUAGUCAACUUGAAACUAAUGUGUAUGUACGAACCUUACAAGCGAGAAAAUUAAAAUUCAUUAUUUUUGAUGAAAUGGACUAUCUGUUUGUAAAAAAUACUGUAGUGAUUUAACUAUUGUGACAAUGCAUGUUUAUGAUUUGUGAGAUAUUGAAUACAUUUGGAUUCGCACAAGUGAUUUCGUAUUUGCGACUGGAUGUUCCAUGUUUUAAAAUUAAAAUUUAAUCUUUUGUUAACCACAAUGUUUCUAUGUUAUCUCUGGAUCGACGACGUAACUUUGAUGCGAUUAUUUGAAGACUUGCCUGUUUUUUUUUUUAAUUUGCUUGAUUUGGCUAUGAGUUCUAGUCUAUUUUGAGUAUAACAAAAUUAAACCACAGAUUAGCUUAGACAAAAAAUUAGAAAGAUCUCCAGCAUUUCGUUGUUUAAUGAUAAUUAAAAUAUUCAACUUUAAAAAUUAGAGGUAACCUAUUAUUUACUACGAGAAAACAUGAGUAACUAUUUUUAUAACUGCAAGAAUUAUUUAUGAUUUUAAAGUAUAAUAGGGUUUGCGCUUGUCUGAUUUGCAUCAAAGUUGCGUAUAAUGCGAUUGCGUUUCGCAAUGACCCCUCAGCAUCGAUGUCAAUUCCAUUCAAACACUACGGACAAUAUUAAUAGUGUUUUGCCGUCCAGUGAAAAAAAAAAAACCUAUUUCGGCCCAUUAUUAUCAAGAAGCAAUAACCAGUGUUCCCUAUUUAUUUGAAACUAUUUAGUAUCUCCCAAACACAUGUGAAUUUUUUAAAGGAAAUGGUCCAAAAUUGUAUGGAGCGCAGGAUCAGUCAUUGUACCCUGGCGGAAGUAAAAGAAAAUAUUUUUUAAACUAUUUUUUGAUUAUACAAAUCUACGAAUUUAUUUUAAUUCUUUCGAAAUAAUAUUCAUUAGCUCCCUAGAAAUGCAACACUAGUACAGGUAAUAAUGGCGGUUUGAUGACGUUUUCAAUGCAGUAGUCGAUUUAACGUUUGCUGUCAAUUGUCAUGUCAUAGUUGCUUUAUGGGCGCCAUCUUGAUCAUCUCAAAGACUUGGGUUUUAAUUUUAUGUAUUUCUUAUUAUUUAGUUAAAUUUAUUCACGUAUUUAGAUUUUAAUAAAAUCCUUGUAUUUUUUAAAUUUUAAUGAUACGGGGUACAAGAGUGGACCUGAAAUGGACCAUCUCCUUUAGACCGGAAUUGUACGGUGGAUAGUUGUUAGUGUGAAAAUCGCACCAUCAUCAUCAUCAUCAUCCAUCAUCAUUAUCAGCCGAUGGACGUCCACUGCUGGACACAGGCCACUUGCAUGGACUUCCAAGCGCAACUGUCUCGAGCCGCCAACAUCCAGCGGCUCCCUGCAACCCGCGUGAUGUCCUCGGUCCACCUAGAGGGGGUCGACCAACACUGCGCUUUCCGGCGCGGAGUCGCCAUUUCAGCACCUUGGGACCCCAGUGUCCAUCAUCUCUUUCAGCUAUGUGCCUCACCCAUUGCUACUUCUACUUGGCGAUUCGCUGAGCUAUGUAUAACUUUGGGUUCUUCUGCGAAUCUUAUUUUUUGAUUCGAUCACGCAUUCGUACUCCGGGCAUAGCUUGUUCCAUAUCCCUUGUAGAUCUUAUUAUCAUAUCCCUUUGUAAAACUUAUGAGGUUUAUAAAGACCUCUCUCAGAUCCGUAGGUCAUAUCUGACAACAAUGCCAUUUAAUGUCAAAGACAAAUAGACCUUGUGUAGGUUAUUUUAAAGUCUUAAAUGCUAUAAGAAAUACAUAAUGAUAUCCAAGAGCUCCACUAAGAACAGUCUGUGGGAGUGUAAACGAAUUUGAGUUUUAAUACGAGUCUGUUUUGAUCUAUUUUAAUAUGGCGAAUGUUUCGAUAUUUGAAGGUAGAGAGUUUUCGCUGAGAAAGUUGUAUUCGAAAUUUGUGGAAAUUCCGAAAAUUCACAUGAGUUUGGGUGGCUAAAGACCAGAGAUUUAAAUCGUAGACUAUGUCCUCAUUAUUAAAACGUGAAAUGUAAGUCGUUCAUAAUAGUUGAUCUAUUUAAACACGAAAAAUAAUUGAUUAUAUUGAUUGAAUAUAUUUAAACACGAGACUAGGAUAGUCUCGAAUGACAAAGAAAAAAGGAAGGAAUUUUUAUGUAGUGGGAGUUUUCAAUGUUUUCAUACCGUGACGAUCGCGUAAACGUAAACGCUAAUUUAUAUGAAAUUGAAACAGUUGUGCAGUAGUGCCACUUGAUGGCGCCGUUUCAAUUCCUUAGAAGUUUGCGUUUACGUUUACGCGAUCGUCACAGUAUCAAACUGCCACUAGGCACACAGGUCAUAAAUAUCUUCGAUUGAAAUCUUUGGCUGGUAACUUGAUAAGAGCUUUUUAUUUGACGUUUUGAUAAGGAUCUGUGUCACGUGGCAAUCAUGGAGUAUGUAUUUGAUAUGUUUUUUUUCGGCGUGCGCAUAAAAUGCCGCGCAAAUUUGGUACUAACGUAGAUGGUCGUAGAGGCGAAAUUUCUGUUUGUUUCGGAACCUACCUUUAUUAUAUUGCGGCGCGAACUGCGCGUCGCUCGCCUAGCACGCUUCCACGGGAUAUCUCGAGACGUUGAAAAACACAUCGAAAAUAUCGCUUUUUCAUUCAUUUCGAUGGAGAGAGAAAGAGAGCGAUGUUUUCGUUUCCGCCGCUAUUGGUCUACAUGUCUUUCUAUAUUCACGAGAUGUGUCGUUGACGCAUGCUAUAGUAGAGGAUCCCAAUGUAGGAUGACCGUCACCCAUCUGUUUACUGGAUGAAAACUUUUUUUUUUAUAUCAAAUUAAAUAUGCCAAUGGUUUGCCAAAAGAAAAUCAGUCCACUGGUUUGGUUAACCUACAAAGUCCUUGACAAACGAGCGAGCGAACGUCUGAAGCCUAUAGAAUAUGAAAAUUUUAACUUGACUAUUUCUUUCUCGUCUUAACUCGUGUGUAGGCAGAUAUAAACAGGUAAAUCGAUACUAGUAAAUAGCAGAGUCCGGUUAGUGGUUAAUUAAUUAAAGUUAAGUUAAAAAUAUCAUUACAGUCACGGUAUAGGGUUGUCUGCGAAAAAUCAGUCCUGGUUUCCGGACAUCAUAUCCUGGACUGAAUUUUUUUAGGCAAACCUUUGGCAAUAUAUUUAUUAACAUAUUCAAUUUGAUACAAAAUACUGUUCACCCAGUAAACAGAUGGGUGAAUAUCGUUUCUGAUUCGGAUCUUAGACUAUAAGCUUUAAAUUAUUGACUAAAGAAAAUUUGAAAGUUAA